GACCCGCUUUAAUAACGGGUUAGAAUAAGAGAGCCAAAGAACUAACCCUAGCCAGCUCUCUCUCUCUCCUCGAUUCUCCCCCCUCUGAUCUGCAUCUCUCCCUCUCUCUGAUUCUGUUUCUCUCUCUUUUUUCGAUUUUCCAUCUCUUCGUAUAGAAGCCCUAAUCUCCUAAGAAUCUGAAAUUAUAAACCAUAAUCUUCUCAGCCCUAAUAUAUUCUGAUUUCUGUUAACAGAUUUUAUAUGUUUGUGUCGAGCAAAUCACGAAGAUCGAACGCUUGAAGCAUCGGAUUAGAAUUUGAAUGUUUGAAAGGAAAAACCAACCAAAAACCAGAUCAGAUUGAUUUGGUAGUUGUGCCAAAUACUUCGUAUGCGUAUAUAUAUGAGAUGGCUUCUGGAGGAAGACCAUUAUUUGAUCUUAAUGAACUCCCUACUGAGGAGGAUGAAGAGAGCAAUGAUGUUUCUUGUAUUCAGCCCCAAAGGGCAGUUCCAUCUUCAAAUACACACACUUCUGAAUUGCUUAUAUCAUCAAGUGGUGGUUCCCAGAGAAUAUUAAAUAAUCAUGCUUUCUCCCAUGCAUCAUCUGUUUCGGGUUUUCAGCCUUUUAUUCGACCAAAAGGUGUUCAGGGAUCUAAAGUUUGUGCUGAACAGAGUAUGUUAGUUGAUAUGAGCUCCAAGGUUGCUUCAUCAUCUAAGACAAGUAAUAGUGGGGAUGCAAAGGUAACACCACAGUUAGAUUUGGGUUCUGCAGAUGAUCAAGCUGUUGAAAAGGAGGAGGGAGAGUGGCUUGAUGCAGAUGUCUCAGCUGAGGCAUAUGGUAGCAGUAGUAUGCAUAAACGGUCAUUUUCUGGUUAUGGUAAAGAUUCACAGGAGAAAGGCACGGCUGAGAUGAUGGAUGGUUGCAAUUCCGAUGUUGCUGCUGAGAAUGUCUCUAGAAAUGAUGAAAGUAUGAGAGAUGAGAAAGGUGAUCUUGCUUCUUUAGGGUUGGAUCCAGAGACCAACAACCGAAAAAGCAGUACUAGUCGAGAUUCAGAAGGCAUUAAAGGCGAUGUUUCCAUGGAUAGUCAGGAAGAACCUGGGUUGGUUGUAAAACAGAGGGAUGUUAAAGGAGUUGAAGCAAGUCCUGCACAAAAGUAUGCAAAUAAUCCUGGAAAGCGGACUAGGUUUGAUCAACAGAAGGAAGCAAUGCUAGGAAAAAAGCGUAGUAGGCAGACAAUGUUUCUUAAUUUGGAAGAUGUCAAGCAAGCUGGUGUUAUUAAAACUUCAACCCCAAGAAGACAGAACUUUCCAACACCCGUUACCACUCGUACUGUGAAAGAAGUGCGUGCUGCUUUUCAACCUCAUGAAGUCAUUGGAGAAAAGCAGAAUCAGCCGUUGGUCAAGGACCAAAAACAGGUUGAUUUGUCUCGUACUGAAGGAAACACUAACGUGGAAUUUAAAGACUCGAAAUCAGAAUGUAAUGGUGAUACACAUACAGGAUUAUUAGCUACUAGGCCUCGGAGGCUGAAUAGUAUGACAGAUCUUGGCGCUGAGGUUAACCCAUCUUCCAUUCCAAGACAGAGUUCAUGGAAGCAGCCCACGGAAUCGAGGCAGCUCAAGAAUUUGCAGGUCUCUACUGGGAAGCCUGCUUUAAUCACUCAAAGCUCCAUGGAUCAGAAAUUAGUAACCAAAAAACUCCCUUCCAAGAAGCAAACUACAGUCAGCACCCAAUAUCAAGAUACAUCAGUGGAACGUCUCCUGCGGGAGGUGACUAAUGAAAAUUUUUGGCAUCAUCCAGAGGAGUCUGAACUCCAAUGUGUUCCUGGUCGGUUUGAAUCUGUGGAAGAGUAUGUUAGAGUAUUUGAGCCCUUGCUUUUUGAGGAAUGCCGAGCACAGCUUUACAGCACUUGGGAAGAGUUAACUGAAACAGUUUCUAGAGACUUGCAUGCUAUGGUUCGUGUAAAGAACAUUGAAAGACGAGAAAGAGGAUGGUAUGAUGUCAUAGUUCUUCCAGCAAAUGAGUGCAAAUGGACAUUCAAGGAGGGUGAUGUUGCAGUACUUUCAUCCCCAAGGCCUGGAACAGUCAGAUCCAAGAGGAACAAUACUUCUACACUUGUUGAUGACGAGGAACCUGAGGUCAGUGGCCGUGUGGCUGGUACGGUUAGGCGGCACAUACCUAUUGAUACUCGUGAUCCUCCUGGGGCAAUCCUUCAUUUUUAUGUUGGGGAUUCUUAUGAUUCUAACAGCAAGGUUGAUAAUGACCAUAUUGUAAGGAAACUUAAUCCAAAAAGCAUCUGGUUUCUGACCGUGCUUGGUUCUCUUGCAACCACCCAAAGAGAGUACAUUGCCUUGCAUGCGUUUCGUCGCCUUAAUUCGCAGAUGCAAACUGCAAUCCUUCAGCCUAGCCCAGAACACUUUCCAAAAUACGAAGAACAGCAUCCUGCUAUGCCCGAAUGCUUCACACCAAGCUUUGCUGAUCAUCUGCAUAAUUCAUUUAAUGGACCUCAGCUUGCUGCAAUUCAGUGGGCUGCAAUGCAUACUGCUGCUGGUACAAGUAGUGGGACAACAAAGCGACAAGAUCCAUGGCCUUUUACUCUAGUCCAAGGGCCUCCGGGAACAGGCAAGACUCACACAGUUUGGGGAAUGCUAAACGUCAUCCAUCUUGUUCAGUAUCAGCACUACUACACUGCACUGCUUAAGAAACUAGCACCUGAAAGUUAUAAGCAAAUUAAUGAGAGCACCUCGGACAAUGUUGCCACUGGAUCCAUUGAUGAAGUUCUCCAGAGCAUGGAUCAGAAUCUCUUUCGUACUCUUCCAAAACUUUGCCCGAAACCUAGAAUGCUUGUUUGUGCUCCUUCAAAUGCUGCAACUGAUGAAUUACUAGCACGUGUUCUUGAUCGUGGGUUCAUUGAUGGUGAGAUGAAACUUUAUAAACCCGAUGUGGCCCGAGUCGGUGUUGAUUCACAAACACGUGCUGCUCAGGCAGUUUCUGUUGAGCGUAGAACAGAACUGCUUUUAAUGAAGAGCAGUGAUGAUAUUUAUCAUUGGAUGCACCAAUUAAGAAUGCGUGAAAAUCACUUAUCUAUGCAGAUAGCUACUUUACAAAGAGACCUCAAUGUUGCAGCAGCUGCUGGUCGCGCCCAAGGAUCUGUUGGUGUUGAUCCAGACGUUCUUGUGGCACGGGAUCAGAAUCGAGACACUUUGCUGCAAACCCUUGCAGCGGUGGUUGAGAACAGGGAUAAAAUUCUCGUGGAGUUGUCCCGCCUUGUCAUUUUAGAAGGCAGGUUUCGUCCUGGUAGCAACUUCAAUUUGGAGGAAGCUCGUGCCAGUCUUGAGGCAAGUUUUGCCAAUGAGGCUGAGAUUGUUUUCACUACUGUCUCAAGCAGUGGUCGCAAGUUGUUUUCCCGUCUUACUCAUGGUUUUGACAUGGUUGUUAUUGAUGAGGCUGCUCAAGCUAGCGAAGUUGCUGUUCUUCCUCCCCUCGCUCUCGGUGCAGCACGUUGUGUUCUUGUUGGGGAUCCCCAGCAGCUUCCUGCAACAGUUAUCAGCAAGGCGGCUGGAACCUUGUUGUACAGUAGAAGCCUGUUUGAAAGGUUCCAGCAAGCAGGCUGCCCAACUAUGUUGUUGUCUGUGCAGUAUAGGAUGCAUCCUCAAAUCCGGGAAUUUCCUUCUAGGUAUUUCUACCAAGGGCGUCUUACUGACAGUGAAAGUGUUGUUAAUUUACCUGAUGAAAGAUACUAUAAUGAUUCUUUAUUAAGGCCUUACGUGUUCUAUGAUAUUACUCAUGGUCGGGAAUCCCAUCGAGGUGGGUCAGUAUCAUAUCAAAAUAUACAUGAAGCACAGUUUUGUCUCCGAUUGUACGAGCACCUUCAGAAAACUUUGAAAUCUUUGGGGGGUAUGGAAAAGGAAAAGGAGAAGGAGAAGGUUUCCAUAGGCAUAAUUACACCAUACAAGCUGCAACUAAAAUGCCUUCAACGAGAGUUCGAGGAUGUUCUAAAUUCAGAAGAAGGGAAGGAUGUGUAUAUCAAUACUGUGGAUGCUUUCCAAGGCCAGGAACGUGAUGUCAUUAUAAUGUCUUGUGUCCGUGCUUCAAAUCAUGGGGUGGGCUUUGUUGCAGAUAUUCGCCGAAUGAAUGUUGCUCUCACUCGUGCAAGAAGAGCUCUUUGGGUCAUGGGAAAUGCCAAUUCUCUAAUGCGAUCCGAUGAUUGGGCAGCAUUGAUUGCUGAUGCCAAAGCAAGAAACUGUUAUCUGGACAUGGAUUCUCUUCCUAAAGAUUUCCUGGUGCCAAAAGCUCAUGCUUAUGCUCAAUUUUCUGGUAAGUUCUCCUCUAAUAUGAGGGGUUUGAGAUCUGGGGUAAGGCAUAGAUCAUAUGAUGUACACAUGGACUCCAGAUCAGGAACACCGUCAGAAGAUGAUGACAAGUUGAACUCGUCAUUAAAUUUUAAGAACGGAAAUUACCGUCCCUUAAAGCCGCCAAUGGAGAACUCUUUGGAUGAUUUUGAUCAGUCCAGUGAUAAAUCCCAAGAUGCCUGGCAAUAUGGCAUUCAAAAGAAGCAAAAGUCAGCUGGGAUUGUGGGAAAGAGAGACUUGUAGCAAUUGCUUGAUGUACGCAUAUUAUCUUCAUGCCUUUGUGGGAGCUGCAAAGCAUUCAAAGUUUGGAACUUUUUAACGUUUGCUCCUAGUUUCAAGAGCUCUUGGAGCAUUCGUUCCUGAUCUCGAGCGGAACCAAAUCAAUUCUGAACAGAUUCUUGCUGAGUUUAUGUAAGACAGUGAAUGGAAGACACAUAUAAGUCAGCAAGUGAAGAAAGUGGGUUGGUUUUGUGAACAACUGAUUUCUGUUUGACAGAUUGUUAUGAGUUCCCACAAAAUGCUUCCUGGGUUUCUGGUGGGUUGUGUGGAAUCAAAACCUUAGCCCACAGCUUUUACAGGAAUCAAAGAUUGGAAAUCUCUUGUAGUUGCAUGUGUUGACAUAUCUUCUGAUUUGACUUAAUCUGAAAAUCUCCCGGUGUUCACUGCAUUAGCGGAUAAAAAAUAACUCAGGAAUUCGAUGAGUGGAAUCAAAAAGCAUUUUGGGUUUUAGAGUUCGCGAGCUGCUUCCUUUGCCUGACAGAGUCUGGCCAAAUUUGCCAUCUCUUCCUGCAUUGGAUGAUUUUCUUGGUAUCGGGGGUAGAGCUGCUUCCGCUUGGACUUGCUGGGCUCACUUAUCACAACAUAUAGCUGCUGCUGCUGCUGCUGCUGGACGGAAUCCUGAUUGGAAGUGUCUCAGCUUACAGAGUUGUUACAUUUAUCAUGUACAUUGUCGGGAUGUUGGUCUGGAAGAGGGACAGUCGAGGAGUUGUUCUUGUAGGGUUAAUUUUUUUGUUCUUCCAUUUAUUUGGAGGGGGACUUGAGAUGCUGAAACAUCAACAAGAAGUCACCUUUCUGUAUAGAAAGAGGAAAGGAAAUAGUAGUACAAGAUAAACCUCUUUGCAGAGGCACUUGGAGGAUGUCAGUGAAGUUUGUUUAUGUACAUAACUUUUAAUAUGUGGAAUGAUAGAAAUUCAUGUCAAUGCAUUGCGGCAUUUAUUAAUUUA